UCUUAUAUCUUUCAUCUCUAGUGCAACUUCUUCUCAUAUCAAAACAUGGCUUCUAGUUCUCGUUCAAGAAAAGAAAAAGCUUCUUCUUCAAAAGAAAAGAAAAAUGUGGCUUCUGGUAAUGCCAUUGCUUGUGGAAACACUACAAUAGUUCCACCAACAGGAAUUCACAAGGCAACUAUACUCUGGCUUCAUGACAUCGCGGAGAAUGGCCGAGAGUCAGGUACGUUUGUACGCAAAUUGAAUCUUCCAAAUGUAAAAUGGAUUUGUCCGACUGCUCCAACACGCCCCGUUAACUACUUGGGUGGAAUCCAAGCUACUGCUUGGUUCGAUGCCACGGGAAUUUCUGAGAACAUGACAGACGAUAUGGUUUCUUUAAAUUCUACAGCUGGGUUUGUUGUUAACCUUCUAAAAGAUGAACCAAGCAAUGUCAAGAUAGGACUAGGAGGUAUCGGCAUGGGUGCAGCGGCAGCUCUCUACUUUUCGACUUCUCAUAUCACUGGAUGGGAACAAACCAUAAGACGACUAAGAACUAUUGUAGGGAUCAACGGAUGGCUUCCUGCUUGGAGAAACUUCCGCCGCAACCCAAGUCUCGCUCCAUCCCUACAAAUCUUACUUACACAUGGAACUUGUGAUACUAUAGUUCCCUUCCAAGUUGGAAACAAGUGUUCUGAUAUUCUCCGCACGGCUGGAUUUUCAGUUACAUUCAUACCAUACGAAGGGCAUCAUUAUGCAAUUCUAACAAAUUUACCAGUAAUUAAUGGUGUUCGUACGUGGCUCACAACAAACCUCCAAGUCUAGGGUCAAUGCUCACCAGUGAGUAGAGAAACGAAUUGGAGAGAAAAUUAUUAUACAAUAAACUAUAUAUAAUGGCAUAUUUAAUUUUUAUUAAUUUUCUCUUUUUUUUUUUGUUCAUAAUCAAUAAUAUAUAUGCAAUGUAUUCUUCAUUAGGAACCUUUAAAUAACUAAAAUUUAUUUUUCCA